CAUUUUGAAUAUAAUAUUUCACAAUUUUUUUAUUAUUAUAUCAAAGUAGUAUACACAUUUUUAUGAUUUAUUGUGUCGUAUUUUUUCAGACAAAUGACAACAAGAAGAAUGAACAAUUGGAAGAAGGAUCAAUUCGAAGCCCUAAUCAAAUUUAUGGAAGAUAAUCCACAGCUUGCAACUGCUAAAAUCAGCCAGUACUCAGAUUUAUGGAUAGAAGUUAGCACGAUAGUGAAUAGUGUUCCAAAUGGGGUUUUUAAGGAUGUGGAAAGUUUAAAAAGGUCGUGGAAGGAUAUGAUCAUCAAUGCAAAAGCUGCUUUUACUUCAUAUAUGAAUAGAACUUCGAAAACCAUCAAUGAAAAUUACAGACGGAUUCUGGCUUUGACAAAAGACAGUACUGCAGUCGACGAUGAAAAUGAUCAAGAAGAGUACAAACAGCAGUUUCCAGCUUUGGCUAAGUUGAAGGCAGAACAAUCUCAGCAACCUACCGUUCAAUCUCCAAUGUUCAUCGAUUUGACAAGUGGGCCCUCGGCCAGUACUGGAGCUGUAAGAAAGUCAUGCAGUGGUACACCAUCGAUCUCUCAAGCUGGCUUGGUUGUUCAACCUACUAAAAGGCAGGGCAAGUCCUUGGGGAAUCCGUCUGGUCGAUCAACAUUUCCAAAUGUUCCACCACCCUCUGUUCGAGGAAGUGACUUCAUUAACAAUUUUAACAAUGCUGGAGCACAGCAUAUACAAAAAGUUUUUAAAGAUUGUUUAGAAAAUUUUGGCAAUCAAUUGGUACAAAAUAUUUCAAAAAUGAUCAGCGAGGAAUUAGUAAAAGCAGUCAUUAAUAUGCAAGCUGCCCAAUCUUCUAAAGCUGAUGAUGAUUUUGAAGCUUCGUUGCCAAAAAAGGGUCUUUCAACAAACUACUUGAAGAUGCUACGGCAAAAGUAGAAAAGGAAGAAGAGUUAGAUGAAGAAAACUAUCCAGUUGACUAUCUGGAUAAAUACAAUGACAUGGAUUGUGAGAACAAUGAUGGAUACGGUUCAAAUAAUCAAUAUGAUGCAGGAAAUGAUGGUUUUGAGAAUCAUUUCAAUGGUGCUUACAGUAACUAGUUAUUAUUGUUCUUGAUCAUUUUUUUUUAUGUUAUUAAGAGAAGUGAAGACUUUCCACUUGUGUGCAUUAUAAUUAUUGCGUAUAAUAAUAUUGUAAACCUCUUUUAUAAUAAUUAGAAGUGUAAGUUGUAUAAUGAACCACUCUCAGCGUGGCAGAGAAUAGAUGAUGACCUGUAUGUCUAUUCGUUGUAUGUUACAAACAACAGGAAGAUUCAAACCAUUAGUUAUGGGAAGCUGACUAAUCCCAACUUGGAUUGUGAUGUAUUUUUUGAAGACCUUUUGAUACCUAUUACAACAGUAAGUCAAUGCUAUAGGCUGAAGUAUUCAAGUCAAACUUGCCAUUCAAUAAUUUAGAUAUGUCUUGUAUCUUCUCUUAUGAUUAAUUUUAAAUUUUUGUAAACGUAGAAUACAAUUUUUAUAAAAAAUCUGUAAAAUUUAAGUGUUAUUAUUAUUAUGAGAUGGAAAAUGUCACCAUUUCAUUUCAAACUACAAGUAUAGUCUUAAGGGGUGGCUCCUUAAGUGGUAGUAAAACACAUGCAUUACACAAAUAUACAAAUGUUGAGCACACCGUACCUUCAGUAUCAUUGCUUGUCAUGCCCAAUUUAAAAAUAA